AGGGUGUCGCCAUCACCGCCUAUUCGAAACCGGAACAAACAGAAGUGGCCGAAGUGGAGCUGCGCUGCUGGGCACAGUGUGCGUCCAUGUGUUUUUAGGACAUAAACACGUCGCCGCGUGCAGCGAAAGAUGAUUUAGGUCGUCUGUGACGCAGCUGCAGAAGAAAUGGAGCAAAUGACAAGAGCACAACAUUAACCAAGCACCAGGAUUUUAUGUCUUUGUUUUACGCAAACUUUAUAUUUAAUUUAUUUUGUAAGGACUUGCAGGUCUCUUUAUUGUUUUUAGUAUUAUUAUUAUUGUUUAAUCGUGAUGAAGGGCUCCCAGGCUGCUAUGACAAACCGGAGGGGGGUGAGCAGCAGCGGGGCGGCCGCGCUCCUGUACCCGCUGCUCGGUGCGUGUCUCUGGGCUGCGGUGGUUGGAUACAAGCCGGUGAUCAUAGUCCACGGCUUGUUCGACAGCUCGGGAGAUUUUAAAAACUUGCAAAGGUUCAUUAACGAGUCGCAUCCUGGAACAAACGUAACGGUCAUAGACCUGUUCGACAGAAGUGCCAGCCUGCAGCCGAUGUGGACGCAGGUAGAAGGAUUCAAGGCAGCUAUUUACCCAGUGAUGCAAAACGCAGCCGACGGGGUCCACUUUAUCUGCUACUCGCAAGGGGGGCUGGUUUGCAGAGGAAUUCUUUCAACUCUGUCUGACCAUAACGUUCACUCUUUCAUCUCCCUGUCUUCACCUCAGGCCGGACAAUAUGGAGACACAGACUACCUGAAGUACCUCUUCCCCCAGUUUGUGAAGUCAAACCUCUACCACCUCUGCUACACCGCCAUAGGUCAACGAGUAUCCAUCUGCAACUACUGGAACGACCCCCAUCAUAGAGACCUGUAUGUAAACAGCAGUGACUAUUUGGCUUUGCUCAACGGUGAGAGACCCAGUCCGAAUGCAACAGAGUGGAAGAAAAACUUCCUCAAGAUCAAUAAGUUGGUGUUGAUAGGAGGCCCAGACGAUGGCGUCAUCACUCCCUGGCAGUCGAGUCAGUUCGGGUUUUAUGACGACAACGAGACUGUUGUUGAGAUGCAGCAUCAAGAUGUGUACUUGAGCGAUUUCUUUGGUCUGAAGACGCUGGCGCUUCGUGGAGAUCUGAUCGUUUGUUCGGUUCCCGGCAUUGAACACGUGUUGUGGCACUCGAACGAGACUGUGUUCCACAUGUGCAUGGAGAAGUGGCUGGUGUAGAACAGAUCUGCUUGACAGCACACGCACACACACACACAGGUCCAUACAUCGCAGUUAUAUGCUUUUUUAAAGAGUAUUCUACUUUUUUGGACAACAGCAGAAAGUUGGUUUGAUAUUUUGGUGCAAACACUUUCUUAUCGCAUUAAGAAAGCAAGGAAAUAUUCAUCAUAUUGAGAGCAAAAGAGCACAUUAACCAAAAUGUUAACUAUUUUUUUCAUAAAUGUAAUGAUUUUCCAGAAGCAGCAAACAUCAAGGUCUUUACAUCUAAUUUUAUAUAAACUGUUUAAAAGUUAAACUUAUUAUAGUCUGCAACAGAAAUGCAAAUCAGAUAAAGUAGCAAUCCAGCAGUUUGAUUCCACUUCUAUAAGGUUCAGGGACAAGCAACAUCCUGGAGCGUGAACGUUCUGACCAGCUGUAAAACCUGCUUCAUGUAAAAACUAGCGGAGUGCCCCUUUAAUUUGUAUGAAACUGUUACCAUUAGAAUACUGAGCCCACAAUAGACACAGCAUGUGCAUCUGUGCGUGUGUGUCUGUGUGUUAGUUCACACAUACCUCAACACAACGGUGCCUGAAGGUGUUCUGUCAUCUUUUCUGCAUGCACAGACUCACUGCCUGCUCAUUUAAUGAUGCAAGUGUAUUUUUAGGACAUAAUGAUACAUUUUCUAUCCUUAUAUUAGUUUUAAACAUUAGGGACUAAUGUUUACCUAUUAGCAUUAGUCUGCACAUGUGACCGUUUAUAUGUUUAUCGAUAUCAUACAGUGCUUUGAACCUUCCUGCUUUUAUAGACUAAGCCUUAAAGAUUCCCCCCAUGCCUCAGUGUUUCAUGUCCCAUGCCGAAGUGCUAAUAUGCUGCCUUUAGUGUUUCCACUAAAUGAAUGAAGAGGUAGAGACUGAUCGGCAGUGAUAUUUUGGUGUCUACUCAUCCACCAAUCUUUUGUAUGUGUCCUUCCAUACCUCCCAUCAUAUUUAGAUAUCUCAGGCAUUUGAAUAGUUUCCAUGUUUGUUUGGCUUUGUCUGGAAAAAAAGGAAUAAUUUCUCCUACUUUUUUGCUUUUCAUGUUUUUUGCUGUCUGUUGUACUCAAAAAGGAAAAAUUUGUGUAAUGGAAAAAGUGAAGUUGUAUUUGAAAGAGUAAUGUUGUGUUGCACAAUAUUUAACCUAGUGGUCAAAAGGGAAGGAAAACGACCAAGUGAAGAUAUAGUAGGAGCCUGAAGUAGUGUUUUAAUACUGUUGCAUCCUUUGUAGUAUUUAUUAAUUUAAUGGUCUUAAUUGUAUAACCUCUGACCUGAAGGGAUGUCCUGCAAUAUGGAGACUUUAUAAAGCUCUAAGAGAAAUUAAUAUUUUGACUUUAUCCUACAAUUUGCUGUACUUCAUCUGCAAGUGAAAUGUUGUCACUUCAUUAAUAAAUUAUAGUUUUUAACA